AUGACGGCCAACGGUACGACGAAACGCAAUCCCCUCCCUCGUGGAUUCUACGUGCCUACCGUAGCUUUCUUCCAAUCGGACGAGGAGGUGGAUCUGGCCACCACCGAGAAGCACGCGGCGCGCCUGGCCCGCAGCGGUGUCACCGGCCUGGUCACGCAAGGCAGCAAUGGCGAAGCGGUGCACCUGGAUCGCGAGGAGCGCAAGGCGAUCACGGCGGCUACGCGACGCGCGGUGGAUGCGGCCGGCUAUCCGACCAUGCCCGUGAUCGCUGGCUGUGGUGCGUCGUCCACGCGCGAGACCAUUCGGUUCUGCCAGGACGCCGGAGCCUCUGGUGCCGAUGCCGUACUGGUCCUCCCACCCAGCUACUACAAGGACUUGGUCCCCAAGGCCGCUCUCCAAGCGCACUUCGUCGCCGUGGCCGACGCAUCGCCCGUGCCCGUACUGAUCUAUAACUUCCCGGGGGCCUCGUCGGGCCUCGACCUCUCCUCUGAUGACAUCCUGGCGCUGUCGCAGCACCCCAAUAUCCUGGGCUGCAAGCUCACCUGUGGCAACACCGGUAAGCUCGCGCGCAUCGCGGCGGGCUCCAAGUCCGAGUUCUUGACCUUUGGUGGAUCGGCCGAUUUCACUCUGCAGACGCUCAUCGCGGGUGGGGAUGGGAUCAUCGGCGGGACGGCCAACCUGAUUCCUCGGUCGUGUAUGCGGCUGAUGGAGCUAUAUCAGAGCGGCCAGAUCAUGGAAGCGCAGAAGUUGCAGGCCGUUGUUGCCCGCACGGACUGGGCGGCCAUCCACGGUGGCUUCAUCGCCGUCAAGAGUGCCCUUCAGUCGUAUCACGGAUAUGGGGGCUUCCCCGCCGACCUUGCGUCGUGCCCACCCCCCAGGCGGCCGCCGCAAUCCACGAAGAGUUCCGAGAAGGGAUGGAGCUGGAGCAGUCAUUGGGAAAAACCCGCCUCGAGAGCUAAAGACCGCUGGAGCAGGGUUGGACAAGUUGGGACCGCUCGUAUUCACGCGUCUCGGCACGCAAAUGGAAGUCAUAACUAG